AUGGAACUCCCGCAGAACACAACCCACAGUCCGAAGGAUUCCGGUUCGAAGACAAAAAUUCUGUCAUACAGCAAAAUGAAUCAGCACGGGACAGUAAAGCAAUCGGACCAACUGGUGGACUCCAGUCUUCCCGCCACAUUACUCGUUCCGACCGAAUCGGGCACCUACGACAGAAAUCUAGCCUCAUCGCGAGCACUGUCUGUCGAGCCACCAACCAGUUCAAGCCUCACUAUGGACAAGUCCUCAGGAUCGACACGAUUGAAAGCACAUAAAAAAUCGAUCACGGAAAGUGGUUUGACAAAACUGUCUGCUAGGCACCAUUCGCCCAGUCCCCUGACCAGCACAGUUCCAGAUCGAACAGGAACUCUAAAAUCAACGAGCUAUAUUGAUAUACAUCAGAAAUCGUCACGACAAGGUGGUCAUGCGUUACGAUGCGCAAGCUCUAUGACCGGGAAGCGUGCAACGUUUGAUCCGAUCUGUAAGGCCACUCGUGAGGCGUCUCAAUCACAACCGGAUGAGUUAUAUAACGAUUCUUCAUUGGUAAGAUAUUGCAAAUGUUGA